CUCCCGCCCGGGGGAGCCCGGAGCCGGAUCUACAAUCCCGUCCCUCCCGCUCCGGCGCUUGUUGCUCGCCGGGUCCGAGCGGGAGCUGCCGCCGCCGGGCACCGAGGCUGCUUCCUUCUCCGCCUUCUCGCGCCCCACCUCCCCCGAGAGCAGGUUGAGGGGGAGCCGCAGCCCCAGCAGGAGGGAGGGGUGCGGUGUAAACAGGCAUCGCUCCCCACCUUCAAGUCUUGGGGCGCUACGUAGCCGCGGGGGCAAGACAUGCGUCGCUCCCCCCUGCCCAGCCUCGCUGCCACCGGCGCCUGGAGAGGAGCGAUUGCGGAUCCCACACCUGCAAACUCACCUUAGAAGUCUCAAGGUGCGGCUGGGGCAGAGGGGCCAAUUCCCCAAGGCCUCCACCUCUCUGCGGGUGGUCUCCGCCCCUGUCCGGGGACCCGUGCCAAUGACCCUAGUGGUGGUUUCGCUUUCUCCCCUCUCGGCUGUGUGAACGUGUAUCCGCAGCGUGAUGGGUAACCAGGUGGAGAAACUGACCCACCUAAGUUACAAGGAAGUUCCCACGGCCGACCCGACCGGCGUGGACCGGGACGACGGGCCCCGCAUCGGGGUCUCCUACAUCUUCUCCAACGACGACGAGGACGUGGAGCCGCAGCCGCCGCCCCAGGGGCCGGAUGGUGGCGGCGGCGACGGCUUGCCCGACGGCGGGGACGGGCCGCCGCUGCCGCCGCCGCAGCCCUACGACCCGAGGCUGCACGAGGUGGAGUGUUCGGUGUUCUACCGCGACGAGUGCAUCUACCAGAAGAGCUUCGCGCCGGGCUCCGCGGCGCUGAGCACCUACACGCCCGAGAACCUGCUCAACAAGUGCAGGCCUGGCGACCUGGUGGAGUUUGUGUCGCAGGCGCAGUACCCGCACUGGGCUGUAUACGUGGGCAACUUCCAGGUGGUGCACUUGCACCGGCUGGAGGUGAGCAACAGCUUCCUGACGGACGCGAGCCAGGGCCGGCGCGGCCGCGUGGUGAACGACCUGUACCGCUACAAGCCGCUGAGCCCGGGCGCGGUGGUGCGCAACGCGCUGGCACACGUGGGCGCCAAGGAGCGCGAGCUGAGCUGGCGCAACUCGGAGAGCUUCGCCGCCUGGUGCCGCUACGGCAAGCGCGAGUUCAAGAUUGGCGGCGAGCUGCGCAUCGGCAAACAGCCCUACCGGCUGCAGAUCCAGCUCUCGGCGCAGCGCAGCCACACGCUCGAGUUCCAGAGCCUGGAGGACCUGAUCAUGGAGAAGCGGCGCAACGACCAGAUCGGGCGCGCGGCGGUGCUGCAGGAGCUCGCCACGCACCUGCAUCCCGCCGGGCCGGACGAGGGCGACAGCGACUCGGCGCGGACUACGCCGCCUCCCGGGCGCGCCCCUGCGCCGGCCCGGGAGGACGAGGCCCGCCAGGCGGUGGUGCACUGAGGGGCCCCCCGAGUGCGGAGUCUGGAGAGGGAGGCUUCCGCAGCGGCCGCCGCCGCCCCCUCCCUCCUCUCACUCCCUCCCUCCUCCAGCACCUUCCGGGCCCCAUCUGCGCUCCAGGGCCAUUUGGGAAAAAGGAGCGUUGGCGAAAUAGCGCAGCCAGCUGUGGCUUGAGCGUGUUAUCUUGGACGGAGGAGGAAGGGGGAGCAGGUAGGAGCACUGUGGCCGGGGGGCACUUCCUGCCCUCCCGUUGGAUCAGUCUUCCUUUCCGAGGUGGGCCAAAUGGUGGACUUGCUUGAUACUCAAUCCUUGCUGGACCCGGGUCCAAAAUCGACCCUUCUUACGCACUCGGGGGUGGAGGAAAGUUCGGAGUACCAGUGCCUGCUAUUGCGUCCUUCCUGCUUCCCCUCCUCCCCUGGGCUGGGGGGUGCCCUGUACUGAGGUCUGAGAGGGUUUGUGGGGGCGCCCAGCCAGCACGGAGAGCUGCAGAUUUGCUACCCCCACCCCUGAGGGGGGCGUGUGGGAGUGUGGGAUAUGGGAAGCCGGGUGAUUUACUUCGGGGGAUUCCUGCGGUUUAAGGCUGGAGAGACCAGGCCCAGGUCUGGGAACAGCAGACCACAACCAAGCAGCUCCCCCGGGAAGUGUAAUAAAUAGUUGGGUAAACUUGGGCUGCACAACAAAGACUUUGCUACCGCCCCCUGCCCACCCCCACCGCCAAGUAAUUCAUCUUCUGGAGCUGACUUCCAGGAGAGUCCCCUGCUCCAGCCACCACGUCCCAGGUUCCGAGUAAAUCAUUGUCACAGGCCAGCUAGGAGAGGGAUUCAAUUAUGAUUCUCUCUUGCCGUCUUUGUUUCUAGCCUGCUUUUGUAGGCACUUGGAGCCGUGUUCUUACCAAAGGAAGGAAGCCCUCUGUGUCUCUGAUCUAAUUAAAACUGCCUGGCUGUGUUCAUCUGCAGGUCCCAUAGGGGGUUCGCCGGUGCCACCCCAUAAAGUGUCCACUACAGAAGCAGUCAAAUGGGGUUGCCCUCGCAGAAAUUAGUUAAUUUCCCACUCAUCACCUAACCCCCUUCGUGGACAGUGAAGGUAACCUUUUGUAAACUGUAAGGCUUUGGUGUUUUUGUUUUUGGUUUUUUUUGCCUCCUCACUGCCCCAUCCCCCUCACUCACUUCUGUUCUGCCGGUGAUAAAAUCUUAGGCUUGAGGUCUAUUCGGUGAUAAGGUGUUUUGCUAGCCACACCUGAUGCAAUUUAAUCAAGAGGCAAAGUCUUGUUAUAUCGCAGCCUUCUCUUUGUUCCUUGGAGAACUCUCCCUCCCCCCUUUCAGUGCGGUUUCGCAAUUAAGAGGGGUGACAGCCAUCACAAACUAAAUGCCACCUGGUGUAGUCAGCACUGAAUCUGGUGACAGUCCUAGGGCACAGGUUGGUGGUUGUGAGAUGUGUUGGCAGCAGGCUGGCCUGUACUCUUGGGUUCUGCUGCUGAUCCUGUUUGCUGUACUGUGGGGCUUCUAGAAAUUUUUACAGCCCAUCUCCUGUAUUCAUGUGAGCACUUGGAUGAUGUGUGCCCUCGAUUUCACAGUGCUGUUUUGCUGCAGAUUGGUACUGCUAAUGCCGUCCCAAAGUCGCAUGAAGUUUUCCUUUCUCUUGGGUGUCAUUUUAGAUGACACCGAACAAGUCCUUUUCUGAACAAAUUCUUAGAGUUGGAAUGGAAUCCUAUUUGAGCGUUGUAUAAAACCCAAUCCUUGGGUUUUCUCCCUGGGGGUUUCUAACUCAUGCAACAAGACUUGAAGGAUUUCCUUGUAUACUUUUUUCAAACUUGGAAGUUGAUGCCAUAAUUUUUCAAAGCCUAGACUGUCGUAGCACCUCAAUAUGAAUUUAAUUUUAGGGGCACUUGCUGUGUUCCCUGUUCUCACAAGCAUCACCAAGCAGGUUCAAUCCCUUUGCUACAGAGGAACCACACUCAGCCAUAGUCUGGGACUUUGGAGAGAUGUCCGUCACCUGUGGGAAAUGUAGAUCUAGUUUUCAUGUGUAAUAAUCUCUCAGCUUUGUGUUUAUAUUCUCUUGUUCAUGGAAAAGCCAAGCAAGGUAAAAGAUACUUAGGAGAGCCUCACACAUCUAACAGAUACGGGGUUUUUUUUGUUUUUAUGCUUAACACGGUAGUUGAAAGACCAGUGUGCAGACAGCAAGAGGGGAGAACAGAACAGAACAGCACUGUCUAGCAGCUCUGGGCUGGCUAACCAGCUAGCUUUUCCACUCGCCUAUCUCUGUGGGCCUCCUUUGCCCUCAGAAAGUGAAUGUCAUUGGUCCCACAGAGGGAGGUACACCAGUGACUGUUGUUACAAAGGAACUGCUUUCUGUGGGAAGUCUCCACCUGAAGGAAGAACUCUUAGAAAAUCCACAUCUGGGCGCCUGGGUGGCUCAGUUGGUUAAGCGACUGCCUUUGGCUCAGGUCAUGAUCCUGGAGUCCCUGGAUCGAGUCCCACAUCGGGCUCCCUGCUCGGCAGGGAGCCUGCUUCUCCCUCUGACCCUCCCGACCCUCCCCCCUCUCAUGCUCUCUCUCUCUCAGUCUCUCUCUCUCAAAUAAAUAAAUAAAAUCUUUAAAAAAAAAAAAAGAAAAGAAAAGAAAAUCCACAUCUCUAGUAGUAGUCUGCCUCUAGACAAGAGGUUUUUUGAAAAUGAACUAGAAGAGGAAAUCCAUCCACUCCAGAGACUGUUUUCCCAUGUCAUGCGAGCAUUUUUACUGGCUACCAGAGGUGUGAAGUGCAUAAUACGAAGAAUGAUUCCAUUGGAAGUUUUCUUAGGGCUCUCUGAGGCUCUGAAGCACCAACCAACCAAUGGAGUCUCCAAGAAAGGGGCAUUGUCCACGCAGGCCUUUCCUCAAGGCGGCAGUGUUGCAGAUAAGUGAGUGCGCAAUGUCCAGGCUAUGGCUACAUCUGGCACUUUAAAAAUAUAUAUAUAUUUAAUGAUUUUUGUUUCUCCUUGGGCAUAAGACUGUAGAACUGUUUUGUACUGUGAAUUAUGUAUGUUCUUUGAAAGAAAUACUGAUUCUAACGUUCUUCAGAAGCUGUGGCAGGGAUAAGCAGGACCCCGGACUGGAUCACAUACUAAAAGCAAUGAAGACAAAUUCUAUUUUCUUAUUUGAGCAAAUAUUUUAUUGAGACUGCUUAUGUAUGUCAGAGGAGCCCACAACAUCAGCUACACAACUUUUUGUAUCAAAAGAACUCGUGGUUUUUGUAGCUUUUAUUCCACAUGUAAUUUAAAAUGACUUUAUAGCACUAAAAUGCCUAUAGCAGAAGACUUGACACCAGACCUUUAAGGAAAUUUUUAGUUUUUAUGAAAAAUUACACUUCAGUGGUUCAACUUCUCGUGUCUUCCGUGCUUCUGGCCCUAGGAGCACCACUAGACAACACGACAACCACAUGGAAACAUAUUUUUGGAAGCAAAACUUUAAUUUUAUACGACAUACGCUAUGGAGAGUGAAGGAAAAUUAAUGACUACUUGUUUUCUAUUUUUUUUCUUAACAAAAUGGAAUCCACUGUGUCAAAGACUCUUGAUAUCAUGUGAUUGUCUAACCAUUUUUUUAAAAAAUACAUUAGAAUAAAAUCUACGAUCAUGGUCAACAAAUGGUUUUGUUUGGAAAGUUACAUUUUUGUGAAAAAAAAAUUUUUUUUUUAAAUCAUGGUAACUACAGACUUGACUGGUUUAUUCAAAUUUUCACUAUGUUUUGUUAGCUAUAAUUCUUGUGACCCCUGGAGAAUUACAUUAACUAACACAGUAAAUUCUGUGUAUAUUUUAUUUCCUAGUGAAUUGUGUAAACUGUAUUUUUGUUGAAGAAUGUAUGUUAAAUCAAUGUUAUGUUCUCAUACUACUUCUUGAGAAGGAGGUUCCGAUUUGAAAUUGUAUCAUUUCCUUCAAAAUGAAGGGCAGUGUUUAGUUAAAUAAAAGAUUGAUGACAUCUUUUGAA